AUGGCGACGACACCGCGAGAGGAGGCACCUAUGGCGACAGCACCCCGCGAGGGAGCCGGUCAGGUUGAUUGGAGGAAUGCGAAUACGAUUGCACCGACUGAUGCACCGAAGCGGUCGCCGUGGAAGGCGUGGAUGUACCUGUGGGAAUGGUACCCCAAGCACUACCCCGAGGAAGAGCGUGCGCUGCUACGGAAACUGGAUGCGUGCUUGCUGACUUUCUGCUCAUUCAUGUUCUUCCUCAAAUGGCUCGAUUCUUCCAACAUAAACAAUGCUUUCGUGUCUGGCAUGAAAGAAGAAUUGAACCUCUAUGGCAAUCAAUAUUCCUUCUUUGGCACCUUUUAUAAUAUCGGCUACCUCGUGUGCCAGAUUCCCUCGCUGCUUAUCCUCUCCCGCCCUAGCCUUGCCCGCUGGUAUCUCCCCACGAUGGAAGUCCUUUGGUCCAUCGUCACAUUCUGCCAGUCGCAGAUGCGCAACGAGCACGACAUCUAUGGCACGCGCUUUCUCCUUGGUCUGCUAGAAACACCCGUCGCGUCCGGGACAACGUAUGUGCUGGGAAGCUGGUAUAGGCCGGAAGAGGUUUUCAAGAGGACAGGCGUGUGGUAUGUGUCGAACAACAUUGCGGUCAUGUUUGGAGGGUAUCUGCAAAAGGCGGCGUAUGAGAAUCUCAAUGGGGUUGGAGGAAUGGCUGGAUGGCGAUGGCUGUUCAUCAUCGACGGCAUCAUUUCGUUACCCAUUGCGAUUGCAGGAUUUUUCAUCUUCCCGGGUCUGCCGAGCAGCGCGAAGCCAUGGUGGUUGACAGAGGAGCAGCAUGCGCUCGCGAUCAAGCGUGUGCGCGACAUCGGUAUCGAAGACAGCAAGAAGCUAAACUGGAGUGUUGUCAAGCGUACGCUGCGGAGAUGGGAGUUUUAUGUCGGCGUGGGCGCGUACACAUUCUUCCUCUCCUCAUCCUACCCGCACGGGCAAAUGGCCCUCUGGCUCAAAGACCUCGCCACGAAGUACCAUGCCUACACCGUCGGCCAAAUCAACGUCAUCCCCACAGGUGCACAGGGUGUCUCCGUCGUUGCCGCCCUCCUCGCAACCUCCCUCUGCAUGAUCUACCCUCUCUGGACCGUCUUCAGCGUCGUCCAAGUCAUCUUCCUCUUCGCAAACAUCUGUCUGCUGGUCUGGGACAUUCCCAAAGGACUACACUUUGCGUCGUACUACCUGCUCGGCGUUUCCGCAGCCGUGACCCCGAUCCUCAUGCCCUUCAUCAACGUUGCCCUCCGCGACGAUGCCGAAGCCCGCGCCGUCACCGUGGGCGCAAUGCUUACGUCUGGAUGGGCGAUCUUUUCUUUCUACCCUGUUGUCGUGUUCCCGCAGGUGGAGGCUCCGCGCUGGAAGAAGGGGUACAGUGUAAAUAUCGCUUUUGUAUUUGGUUGCUGGUUCUUCUUCAUGUUGAGUCAGUGGUUGUACAGGAGGGAUGAGAAGAAGCGGGAGAGGGAGGCGGUGGAGCGUAUGGCGAGGGAUGACGAAGAGGUGUUAAGUCAGAAGGGCCUUGGAGAUGUUGUAGAGCACGUUGAGGAAAGGAAGUCGGGGUAG